AUGUAUGCUCUCACACAAUAUCAAGAAGCCUAUGGUCAAACUAUAAAUUUUGACAAAUCAGAGAUGAUUUUUAGUCCUAACAUCUCCAAUGAUGCUAAAAAGGAAUUUUAUGACAAACUUCCAAUUAAAAUCAAUGACAGGAUACAAAAAUACCUUGGUUUGCCAACCCAGUUUGGCAGAUCAAAAGAACAGGAUUUCAGCUUCAUUAUGGAUAGGAUCUGGAAAAAGCUAAAGGGCUGGAAGGAAAAAAGUUUAUCCUUUGAGGGCAGAGGAGUCCUCAUCAGAGCAGUUACUCAAGUCAUUCCUACAUACUACAUGAGUUGUUUUCUUCUUCCCAAGGGCCUUUGUGAGAAAAUUGAAAGGGUAGUAUGCUCUUUCUGGUGGGGAUCUACCAACACUAAAAAGAAAAUUCACUGGAAGAAUAAGGAAAUUCUUUUUAAAUUCAAACAUGAUGGUGGCAUGGUAUUUAAAAGCCUUAGGGAUUUCAACAUUGCAAUGCUUGCCAAACAGGUGUGGCGCUUUCACACCAAUCUUAAUACUCUAAUAGCUAAGUGUUUUAAGUCUAAGUAUUACCCUCAUACUGAUAUCUUAGAAGCUGACCUUGGCAACAAUCCCAAUUAUGCUUGGAGAAGUAUUCAAAAUGCCAUCUGGCCCAUUCUUAAAGGAAGUUGCUGGAGGGUAGGAAAGGGAGACAACAUCAGGAUUUGGGAUGAUAACUGGAUACCUACUUAUCAUUCUCUCAGAGUUCUCAACCCUAAAAGAAACAAUCCCCAUAUCAAUAAGGUUAAAGAUCUUAUCCGUGCAUAA